UGUAAUGUACCAGCGCGUUCCGACGGAAGGGAUUCGUGAAACACUCAUUGAACAGCGUGUGUUUACAUUGCCGCUUGUUCUAGUAAUGUAACGUAUCCAUACAAGAGGAGAAGCAAAUAACAUAUGUGUUGUCAGAUACGUUCAUACUUAAAACGCCAUGACGGAUGCGGUGUUCCAGGCACCCAAGCGGCGGCCCAGAGUGUUUGAGGCGUACGACGCCCCGUUUCCUGUCCCUCUUGCUGCGGUGGGUGCGAGGCUGCAGCAGACCCUAAUCUACAGAGCAGAUAUGGUCAACCAGCAUGUCGUUGUCAGGGACCCUGAACACAUACAAGCUCUCUACGGCAAGGGUUACUUUGGUAAAGGCAUCUUAUCAAGAAGCAGACCAGACCACAGUAUCUCACACCAAUGGGAAAAGUUUGGUGAGAGAGUUCUACCCGUCAUUUCCCUGUUCAAGUACCAGAAGCAUUUGAGCUGGGCACGGGACGUACUCCUAGCUCAAGGAUUGGAAGAGGAGGUUGUCAAUCAGAUACUGCAGAGACUUUGUCAGCCAAUGGAGCCAGGGCUCAGAGAGGAAAAUGGAAAUGAUGACUGCCCAGCCAGCCCUCACAAGAGUGAGGAAGCAGGGGCAGGUAACCCCCAAGACAUGGCCUCAGAGCAGGCAGGGACAGUGGGACAGCAGGGCCAGGCAACAGCCUCCUGGAGCCCAGAGGAUCAGGGGGAGCAGGACAGUCAGUGUCCCCAGGCUAAGAGGCCUAGGAGUCAAGUAGACGGAGGGUUCGACCCACUGUCUGAGCUGUACCCCCAGGAGCCACAGCAGAUAUACUCAGCGGCCCUGUCUACGGUCCGGUGCCCCAUGCAUGAUGACUUGCUGGUUGACUGUGGCUGUCGCCUGGAGGACAGCGUGCUGGAGACCCUCACCCUGCAGAGAGACAGACAGACAGAGGCAGGCCGACAGGGGGAAGACCGUGGGUAUGAGUAUGUACUGGUGAUGGAAGAGAAGAAUAGUGUUGUCAAGCAGGGCAGAGCAGGGCCAGGGAUGACAGCGAGGAGAGUGUGUAGAGUCAACCCCUUCAGAUUGCUAGAGUACCUUCAACUGACUCUGGAGGAGGCUUUCUUCUUGGUCUAUGCAUUAGGAUGCCUUUCAGUUUACUACAAUGAGGAGCCAUUGUCGGUGCUCCAGCUGUGGGAGAUGUUCCGGUCGGUUCAGCCCCACUUUGAGACGUCAUACAUGGCCUACCAUUACUUCCGCAGCAGGGGGUGGGUGCCCAAGCCUGGGGUGAAGUACGGGGCUGACCUCAUGCUUUACCGAAAAGGACCACCUUUCUACCAUGCAAGUUACUCUGUGGUGGUGGAAAAGGUAGACCAGCCGGGUAGGGGAGGGGCUCUCCGUCCGUUCAGCUGGAGGACUCUGGCUGCUCUCAGUAGGAUUACCGGCAACGUUUCCAAGGACUUGAUGCUGUGCUACGUCAUCUACCCAUCUCACCUGACAGAGGAACAUCUCUCCUCUCCAGACUGUCUCUGCAGGGUCACAGUUCAGGAGAUUAUUUUAAGCAGAUGGAUAUCAUCACGAGAGCGGACAGAGACGGACGACAUAUGACUUCUUUUUUUUUUUUUUUUGUCUGCUGUGUAAAUAUACAGCUCCUUCAGAAAGUAUUCACUCCCUUUGACAUUUUCCACAUUUUGUUGUUACAGCCUGAACUUAAAAUGGAUAACAUUUCGAUGUUGUGUCCCUGGCCUUAACACAAUGCCCCAUAAUGUCAAAGUUAUAUUAUGUAUUUAGAAAUGUGUAUAUAUAUUUUUAUAAAAAUGUGAACUGAAAUGUCUUGAGUCAGUAAGUAUUUAACCCCUUUGUUAUGGCAAUCCUAAAUCGUUUCAGAAGUACACAUUUUGCUUAACAAGUCACAUAAGUUGCAUGGACUCACUCUGUGUGCAAUCAUAGUGUUUAACAUGAUUUAUGAAUGACUACGUCAUCUCUGUACCACAC